CUUUGGCUUUGUUUAAUAAUAAAGAGAGAGAGAGAGAGAGAGAGAGAGAGAGAGAGAGAGGUAGCCAUGGCGAUGAAGGGAAAGCUGGAGAGUGUGAUGGAAGUGAAAGCAUCAGCUGACAAAGUUUACGGGGUGUUCAGGAAAACAUCACACCACAUCCCCAACCACACAGCAAAGAACAUCCAUAAAGUUGAAGUCCAUGAAGGAGAUUGGGAGACUCAUGGGUCGAUCAAGUACUGGAAUUAUACUCUUGAUGGGAAGCCGGAAGUUUUGAAGGAGAGGAUGUUGUUCGAUGACGAGAAGAAGUUGGUGACCGUUAUCGGGGUGGACGGAGACCCGUUGAAGCUAUACAAAGUGUACAUAGGCAAGUUUGAGAUGAAGCCAAAAGAUGACGGCGCUGGCUGCUUUGUGACCAUCACGGUGGAGUAUGAGAAACGCGACCCUGCCUCCCCGCCUGCCUACAAAUACCUGGAUUUCCUGGAAAGCGUUGUCCAGGAUCUCGGUGAAGCUCUCGCCUAAUCAUCGAUCAUCACCACCAAUACAUACAAAUGAGAUCCCAUAAUACAUCUCAUUUGCUAUAUAUAUAGUUUAUAUGUAAUCCAAAUAAACGAAGAGUGUGUUUAAAGUCAUAUUCGAUGAAAUGGGUUUGUAAUAUUUGGGUUGUUAAGUGUUAUGAUCAUCAUCGACCCUUUGUAUUUU